AUGCGCCCCUCCCUCGGUCUUCUUCUCGUUAUGGGAACAGCCUCCCUGGCUGAUUUCACCUUCGACGAGCUCUGGUCUCUCCAGAAUACCCUCUGGGAGAACUUCCUCUACCCAGCGAAUCUGCAGCAGAUAAACGCGACGGAUACCUCCGUGUUUGCCGAAGAUGUCCAAGGCCGCGUCGACAUAACACGAACCUUCGACGGCCGCGAACUCAACAACGAAUACAUUUUCGGCCUCUUCUCCGACCCAGACCAUCUCAGCCUCGUCGGAAUCCCCAUCGCCUACAACAUCACCCAGUUCUCCGCAAACCAGAACAUCACCGCCGCGACGACCGUGUUCACAUUCAACGCGACCUCCUUCAACACCCUUGUCCCAAUCACCAUUGACACCUGGAUCCUGUAUAACCCGGACGGCAAGAUCGCGCAGUACGACGCGACGUUCCGCUGGUUUGACUGGCUGCUUGAUACACUCUCUGAAGCGGCUGGGACGGGGCUCUUCAAUACAACAGACCCGGCUGAGAUACAGAAGCAAUUAGGUGGUCUGCUCGCGAAUACGAUCUGCGAAACGCACGAGCAGUACUGUCUAGACGAGAACAAGCAGUACAGCACGAACGACGAGUGCGUUGAUUUCCUGACCAACAAGAUCCGGUUUGGGAAGGCGUAUGAGCUAGGCAGGAACACGCUGCUGUGUCGCGAGGUGCAUGAGCAUAUGGUGCAGUAUCGGCCGACAGAGCACUGUCCGCAUAUUGGGCCUGAGGGGGGUGGGUAUUGUGUGGAUGAUAAGGAGUAUGCGGAGAUGGUUACCGAGAGGUAUUUCAAACAGCCGUUUAUUCCGUUUGGGUAUGGGGGGGAUAAUGUGUGGCUUGCUGGGGCAUAG